AGGAUAAAGCGUGAACUCAGAAUAUGCGCCAACCUCAAGCACGCGAAUAUCCUACCAAUUUAUGGUUACACGCAUGGCUUUGGUCCAUUUAUAGCGUUAGUCAGUCCUUGGGCAGAAAAUGGUAACUUGUCGGACUAUUUGAAGCGCGAGGGUGCGGUUCUGACUCUCGUUCGACGAUUCCAGCUAGCAAAUAUCAUAGCUGGUCUGCAAUAUCUUCACGCCAACAGUGUCAUCCAUGGAGACUUCAAUGGGCCUAAUGUGCUCAUCCAUGGUGAUGGCACUGCAUGUUUAGCUGACUUCGGUCUUUCCUUGAUGUAUUCCGAGGUCAUAAGCGCUUCUCAGGCAUCCUGGACGUCCACGCCCAAAGGAAACAUGCGAUGGAUGGCUCCUGAGCUACUUGUACAAGAAAAGGAGGAUGGACCUCCAAUUCGUCCGAGCGAGCAGAGCGACAUUUUUUCGUUUGGUGGUAUCAUGUUGCAGGUCCUUACCAACAAAAUUCCUUAUUAUUACCUCCCAAAUGUCGGUGCAGUCGUCCUAUGCAUAGCUAAGUCAGAAACGCCCUCCCGAUCUCGUUAUCCUGAACUUCCUGAACAAUACUGGACAUUUAUCGAGCAAUGUUGGUCUACUGAUCCUCAGGCCCGCCCAUCGACGGAGGGAGUUGAUGUUACGAUCAGGAAUGAAUUUUACUCGCUGUCCAGAGCCACACCAGCAAGCGUGUCGAAAGGUGAAAAUCUGUCGCAAUCAUGA